AAUAAAAUUAAAGUAAAUUCAAAAUAAAAACAAACUCUAACAAUUCUCUUCCCUUCCCUUUUCAUUUCCACUCCCAAUUUCCCCUUCUUCCUCGUCCGAAAAUUCAUCUGAAACUAUGCCGGCCACCGAAUACCCAGGCUCCUUCCUGGGCCGUAUUAGCAUCAGAAGAAACCAAGUCAUCUCCAUGGACGGUGCUCACGAGCAGGAGCUCGAGGAUCUCGAGCUUUUUCAGAAACAUGUUUCCGAGCGAUUUUCCGAUUUACUACCUCCUCCACCUUCCGACGACAUUUCUCCCGAUGCACUCCUCUCCAUCGCUUGGCUCAGAAAGCUUCUUGAUGAAUUCCUCUGUUGCGAGGCUCAAUUUAAAGCUCUUCUCAUCAUGGGUCGGGACCCUUCUCAAAUUGUCAAACCCCCUCUCGAUCGUCUCGUCCCCGAAUUCCUUGAUCGCGUCGUUAAAGCUUUAGAUAUCUGUAAUGCCGUUCUCCACGGGAUUGAAUCGGUAAGACAAUUUCAAAAACUUGCCGAAAUCGCGAUUUCCGCUCUCGAACAACGCCCGAUUGGAGAUGGACAGGUGAAACGAGCACGUAGGGCUUUGAAUUCCUUGAUUACAUCUAUGGCUGUAGAGGAUAAGGAUUUCACCAACAGUAAAUCCACCGAACGGGCUUGGUCUUUUGGGCGUCGCGGCGGCGGUAUCGGCACCGGCACCGGCACCGGCACCGGUACCGCCACACCACAACAUAAGGACCGAGUGGCCGGACAAUUUCGAUCUCUGUCUUGGAGUAUGGCGAAAGGGUGGUCCGCCGCAAAGCAGAUUCAAGCGAUGUCAUCGAAUCUAGCGGCACCACGCGGCGGCGAGUCGUCAAGUUUGCCACAGACGGUUUAUCUGAUGAGUACGGUUUUAGUGUUUGUAAUGUGGACUCUGGUGGCGGCGUUGCCUUGUCAAGAGAGAGGUGGACUGCCGACGAACCUCCCUGUGUCGAAACAGAUGAGUUGGGCACAAUCAAUGAUCGGACUGCAAGAAAAAAUCGCAGAGGAAUGGAAGAAGAAAGAGAAGAAAGGAAGUGCUGGGUUGUUGGAAGAGAUGCAGAAGAUGGAGAAACUGAGUCAAUCGUUGAUGGAAUUCACUGAGUCAUUCACGUUCCCAUUGGAGACGGAGAAGGCGGAGGAGGUGGCAGCGCAGGUGGCGGAGCUGUCGGAGACUUGCAAGAAACUGGAAGAAGGAUUGGUUCCAUUACAGCAACAAAUCAGAGAAGUAUUUCAUAGGGUUGUGAAAAGCAGGACAGAGAUUGUUGAGCUUUUGGAGUAUACCUCAAAAGCAUCUUCUCCAAUUGUGUAAACACAUACAUCAAAGGAAGAAGAAAGGCCAUUAACAAAACGCCAUUGUUACAGCUUAAAGAAUCUCCAAGCACCCAUGUAGAUUUUGUAAGACUUUUUUUUUUUGUUUCUUUCUUUUUUUCUUUCUUUUGGGUAUUUAUUUUCUUACUGAUGUUUAAUUUCUUUAAUAUAUAUAUAUAUAUAUAUAUAUAUAUAUAUAUAUAUAAUAUUUUUUUGUGUUAGAAAAAAGAUUUAAGGUAAUCUGCAGAUGUAAUUGUGAUGAAAGUAUAUGGUUUGCUGAAAAUGAAAUAUCUAAUUUCUUUAUUUUAAA